UACCGUAGAUGUGUGUGUAGUUCUUGCACGUGCAGGAGAGAGUUUGCAACAGUCGCCGACGCUGCCGAUGGUAGCAAGCUGGGUACCUGUGUUCCCCAAUUUACUCCGGUUUUUAACCGUAUGCUCUGACUGAAUAUUGUUUUUAAUGAACGCUGUUCUUAAAGACGUACUUCUUAUUUAUCAGUAAUACCUUAUCGCAAAUGGGAGACCAUCGUCGUUAGUAUCGCGGAAAGUGUUCAGUGUUCGCAUACAACCGAAAGUGUUCCUGUAAUGAUCGUCACACGAUAACGUGUGAAAGAAGACAAUCAUGUGUAGCAAUCAAUAUUGGAAUUGUCGGCAGUGCAGCGUGUUUAACGAUAUCGUGGAUCAAGGGUAAACAAAUUACGCAGCCGAUCCGUAAACAGCAUAAGUAGACCAUUUCGAAAUUCAUCAAGAUCCCCGGAUCGAGGUGAUGGUGGGGGAUCGAUGCGUGAGCCGUGGAUCGUUUUCCGAAGCGUAAGAUCGGUGGUCGUUCAAUCGUCGCUGGAGAAGUCAAUGUCGGGAUACACACGGUCGCAGGUAGUCGCCCUCUACUACGCUGGCACGUAAGACUGGUUCGUGCGUGCAUGGACUGGUUCGUAGUAGUCGGGACGCUGCCGAGAGCAGCUGAACUGUGCGUGUGCACGUCGUUCACGGUUUUGUGCGGUGUUCGUAUGUGGGCUGUGCGACAACGAAGAAGCGUCUUACGAAACAACGAAUUCGUGAGGAACUAGUGCCCCGUUCCGGCGCCGAAAGGGAUUCCACGGAUUAGAAACGAGAGGCUGGGCGUGACGCGAGAUGUGACAAAUCUCGGAGGCGGCGACCUUGGCGGGACGGUGAAACACAAGAUGGCGGCGAGUUGAGGAGGCCCGCGGCACCAGCAACGACUCCGCGGAGAUGGGACGCUCGUUUUCGAGGGAAGGUCACGAGCAGGCGCAGUAAGAGGGCGGCAGCAAUGGCUAGGUGGAAAUGGGUCCUGCCGAUCCUCGCGUCCUUGUGGACCCUGAGCGACGCCUACUUGGCAGUGCUGUCUUCCAGCACUCCGGCUGGCACCGUGGUGUUCGAGGCCGGCGUGCCCCAAUUGGGCGGUCGCCGGAAAUACGAGGUCUCGAACGAACGAACCGCCUGGUUCGCCAGGAAGCUCCUCAAGGUACAUCCGCACAACGGUCGCGUCACCUUGGCGCGACCUUUGAGCUGUGACGGACUCCAGUACCCGAGGGUCUUCACGUUCUACGUGGAUUCGACGAGCUCUAGAUUGGGCAGGCCGACGAUCGACUAUUACAGUUUGCCGCUAAGGAUACUGAUCACCGGCUGCGGCGGUGAAAACCGAGAUCUAGCCGCGACCAGAGGGUGGAUGGCGGAGACGCUGGCAUCCUAUGCCAUGCCCAGCGCUGACAGGUUCACCGAAGUCUGCCUACGUACGUCGCAGCUGGUGGCAGCUUUACGGGAUUUCCUGCCUCAGACGGCCUUGAAGGAGUGCGAGACCCGAUGGGGUGGCGUGGCGGACCCCAGAUUCCUGAUCGAGGGUGCGGCAGGUGACCUGGUCUCGGCUUCGGAGCAGUGCCUGGUGGACCCUCUGUGGAAGAUCUCGGUGUCGAUGAACCUUCGUUGCGGCAUGGAGUCGAGGCUGACCGAUGCCGAGCAUCGUUUGAAGAUCGUGUUCCACCAUAGACAGCUGGACGACACGGAUUUGGGUCGGCGGGUGAGGCGCGAGCUGAAGAAUCAGUCGCCCUACUUCGAGCAACCGUUGUACACAGGGGCGGUGGAGGAGGAGAAGGAGCCUGGCGUUUAUGUCACCUCUGUAAGAGCUAGGGACCCUGAAGGAGGAACCGUUAGAUACUCGAUGAGCUCCUUGUUGGACGCCAGGUCGCAGUCGCUGCUGUUCCUCGACCCUGUUACUGGCAGGGUCACGACAAGGGCUAGACUGGACAGGGAGAGCGUGGACGUUCAUUAUUUCCGGGUGCUGGCCAUGGACGACUCGUUUCCACCAAGAACUGGAACCACCACCCUGCAAGUUAACGUGCUGGACGCCAACGACCACGCUCCCAGCUUCGAAUGGCGGGAGUACGACGCGACAGUCAGGGAAAGCGUGCCUGUAGGGUCCACGGUGGUCACCGUGAAGGCAACGGAUCAGGAUGCCGGCAGAAACGCGGAGGUGGAGUACUCUAUUCUGUCCACCACCAGUGGGAACGGUGUUCCAAACGAAGACGACGCUCUGACAUUUCGAAUAGACUCUAGGUCGGGGGUAGUGACCACUCGCACGCCCCUAGAUAGAGAGAAGACCGAGGUCUACACGGUCCUCCUCAGCGUUUCUGACCAGGCCACGCCGCCCUCUGCUAGGAAAACAGCAAACGCGACCUUGGUGGUCCGCGUUUUAGACGACAACGACAAUUACCCUCAAUUCACCGAAAGAACGUACUCCGUGUGGAUACCGGAGGAUCUUGAUUACACUGCCAAUCCUGUGAUAGCUCGCAUAAGAGCCACGGAUGCCGAUGCCGGCAGUAAUGCCGCUGUUAGAUACGCGAUCAUCGGCGGGAACACGCAAAACACUUUUUCCAUCGACUCUAUGAGCGGCGACGUGGCUCUGGUUAAAUCUCUCGACUACGAGUCGACCAGGAGCUAUAAGAUCGUCAUUAGAGCGCAAGAUGGUGGCUCUCCUGCCAGGUCUAAUACAACGCAGCUGUUGGUCCAUGUGAAGGAUGUUAACGAUAAUGCGCCUAGAUUUUAUACCAGUCAUUUUCAAGAGUCCGUGUCGGAGAAUGUGCCUGUCGGGUACUCGAUGCUGAGGAUACAGGCGUACGACGCCGACGAGGGCGCCAAUGCACAGAUAAAGUACACCAUAGGGGCUAGAGACUUUUCUGGUGCCUCGACGGAGAACUUCCCUAUCACCGUGAACAGCGAGAGCGGCUGGAUCUAUACGACGAAGCAGCUCGACCGGGAACAAUGUUCUAGGUACCAGUUCACUGUGAUAGCGGCGGACUCGGGCGAAGUGCCAAAGACAGCGAGCGCCAGUGUGAUCAUCUCGGUGACCGACGUCAAUGACAACGACCCUUACUUCGACCCGAAGAACUACGAAGCUGUCGUGUCAGAGGACGAUCCGCCGGGAACUCCGGUCACGUCCGUUACAGCGACAGAUCCGGACGAGGACGCCAGGAUCCACUACGAGAUCACCGCAGGCAACACUAGAGGUCGUUUUUCGAUAGCAUCUCAGAACGGUCGAGGCUUGAUCACGGUGGCCCAGCCGCUGGAUUACAAACAGGAGAAGAGAUUCGUGCUGACCGUCACAGCCUCCGAUAGCGGAGGAAGAACGGACACGGCCCUGGUUUACGUGAACGUCUCGGACGCCAAUAAUUUCUCGCCUGUUUUCGAGAACGCGCCCUAUUCUGUCUCCGUGUUCGAGGACGCGCCCAUUGGCACGACCGUUUUGGUCGUCAGCGCCACCGAUUCCGACGUGGGAAAGAACGCUCAGGUCACUUACAGCUUGGACACUGAUAGCGGCGUCCAGGGUGCUUCGGAGUUCACUAUCAAUCCUCAAACGGGUGCCAUCACCACCACGAAACCGCUCGAUCGCGAGUUACUUCCAGCUUAUUUGCUGACUGUAACUGCUAGGGACGGGGGUGUGCCGCCCCUCUCCGACACCACCGACGUGGAGAUAUCAGUCACGGACGUGAACGACAACGACCCCGCCUUCGAAGCCCCUCAGUAUCAAGGAUCCAUCCCGGAAGACGUUCUGGUGGGCACCAGCGUCCUCAGGGUUUCCGCCACCGAUGCGGAUACGGAUCUCAAUGGGAGGGUUCGAUACGCUCUGGAAGACGACGGCGACGGAGCUUUUGCCGUGGACUCGACCACCGGUAUAGUUCGCACAGCGAAACCAUUGGACAGAGAAUCCGUCGCGAGGUACACCUUAAAAGCAGUAGCCAUGGAUAGAGGUUCCCCGUCUCUUUCUUCGGUGGUGCCAGUGAUCAUCAAAAUCGAGGACGUGAACGAUUCUCCGCCUGCGUUUGAGAACGAUAAGAUAGUCCUGUACAUCGCUGAGAACUCUCCCAUUGGUUCGACCGUCGGCGAGAUCUACGCCCACGACCCUGACGAAGGUCCGAACGCCGUUGUUCAGUACUCUAUAAUUGGCGGAGAGGACUCGAACAGAUUUGCUCUGAACGUCAGGCCGGGCGCUGAUCGCGCGGAACUUAUCACCCUUGAAGAACUGGACUACGAAUCUUCUAACAAGAAGUUUGAGCUUGUGGUGCGAGCAGCUUCGCCGCCGUUGAGGUCGGACGCCCUGGUCCAAAUCAUGGUGACCGACGUGAACGACAAUGCGCCGGUAUUGAAGGACUUUCAGAUCAUAUUCAACAACUUCAAGGACUUCUUUCCUACCACCCCUAUUGGCAAGAUUCCCGCGGUGGACGCGGACAUCACGGACAAGCUGACCUACACGAUCUUAGCCGGCAACAAUGCGAACCUAAUCGACUUGAAUCGCACCACAGGCGAAAUCAGAUUGUCUCCGCAGCUUAACACGAACGUUCCUCGAGUAGCGACCAUGGAGGUGUCCGUCACGGACGGCAUCAACGAGAUCAAAGCCACAAUGAUGCUUUCCGUGAGACUGAUCACCGACAAAAUGCUUCUGAACUCGAUCACCGUAAGAUUGGACGACAUGACAGCGGAGGCUUUCCUCAGCCCCCUGUUGGGCUACUAUUUGGAUGGUUUAGCAGCGAUUAUUCCUUGCCCUAGAGAGAAUAUAUUCCUGUUUAGUAUCCAGGAGGACGCGAACGUAGACCGGAAGAUCCUGAAUGUAAGCUUCUCCGCUCGCCGGGUGGAGCCAGGCGUCACAGACGAAUUUUAUAGUCCACAGUUCCUUCAGGAACGCGUGUACUUGAACAGAGGCAUCCUGGCGAGGCUGGCCACCGUCACCGUGCUGCCGUUUGACGACAAUCUCUGCGUCAGGGAGCCCUGUUUGAACUUCGAGGAGUGUUUAACUGUCUUGAAGUUCGGCAACGCUUCUGGGUUCGCCAGUAGCGACACCGUGCUCUUCAGACCGAUUUAUCCCGUGACGACGUUCGCGUGCCGGUGUGCUAUGGGCUUCACCGGAAGUAAAGAGUCUUAUCUAUGCGACACGGAAGUUAAUCUUUGCUACUCUAACCCCUGCAUGAACGGCGGGACAUGCUACCGAAAGGAGGGCGGUUACGCUUGUUCCUGUGGCCCUGAAUAUGUGGGCGCCAACUGCGAGAUCUCGCUAGACGGGGACUCCUGCUCGCCUGGGGUAUGUAAAGGUGGCUCCCAGUGCAUCGCUAAGGUCACAGGAGGCUUCACUUGCGAAGGAUGCCCGGUUACAACUUUGGAGAGCGUGACGCCGCUUUGUGAGCUCAAAGCUCGCAGCUUCGGACCUUCCACUUUCCUCACUUUUGCUUCUCUCAGGCAGAGACACAGACUCCACAUCCGUCUCAGGUUCGCCACCGAGGCUCCAAACGGACUCCUCCUUUACAAUGGUCGCUACAACGACAAGCAUGACUUCAUCGCGCUGGAAAUCGUGGACUCUCAAAUCCAGUUCAGUUUCUCACUGGGAGACAACAUCACGAGAGCGGGAGCCAGCAUACCUGGCGGGAUAUCCGACGGCCAGUGGCACGAAGUAGAAGUUUCCUACAUCAAUAAAACCGUGACGCUGUCCUUGGAUAACUGCGACGUCGCUCUGGCACUAGAAUACGGCGAUCGUCUCGGCUCCAAGUGGUCCUGCGCCGGCAGAAACGAGCGGGUGCUCGAGGAGCGCUGCAGCAUUGUUACGGAGACUUGUCACAGAUUCCUAGAUCUCACAGGACCUCUCCAACUUGGCGGUUUGCCCGCCAUUCCAUCCAGUUUCCCUAUCACGAACAAGGACUUCGUCGGCUGCAUCAGCGAACUGUUUAUCGAUCACACGUUCAUUGAUUUGAACUCGUUCGUGGCUGACAAUGGCACCAAUUCAGGCUGCCCCGAGAAAGCUUCGUUCUGUUCUUCUGCACCUUGUAAGAACAACGGCAAGUGCCGGGAGAUCUGGUCGGGCUUCAUCUGUGACUGCGAGGAGAAUUUUGCGGGUCCCACCUGUGCCGACGAGGUGGGCAAACCUUGGAGAUUUCAUGGAGUUGGUAUGCUGAGCUUUAACCCUCUGCUAAGACCCAUCCAACUGCCCUGGCUAACAGCUCUCAGUUUGAGGACCAGAGCCAAGCAGGCUUUUCUGAUGAACGUGCAAAUCGGUCAAAACAGUUCAGUUUUAUUGGAGAUCCGGGAAGAGAAGCUGGUAGCCCUGCUGGAUGGUACAGAUAUCAUUCAAACGUGGAACAACGUGGCGGACGGCGAGUGGCACAGGAUAGAGAUCGUUUGGCAAAGUGGUCAGGUGUCCUUGGACAUCGACUAUCGCAACAGGCCCAUGUCCUCAGCGUUACCUGCUAAAUUGCAGGGACUCUAUGUAGGCAGGAUCUUGGUCGGGGGGCCCGAGCAGUCUAUGAUCACCGAGCUGCCGUUCUACGACGGUUGUCUUCAGGACAUCCGCAUCGGCACUAAUCAGAGCGUUCUGCUGAGGCCGACGGUGCAGGAGAACGUUGCCACUGGCUGCGGUUCCGAAGAGGAGUGUAACCUUGAUUGCCCCGAAGCUUCAAUUUGCGAGGCGAAAUGGAAAGCCAGCGAGUGCGUCUGUGCUGUUGGAAGAGUGGGUCGGGACUGCAAGCGAGUCUGCGACUUGAAACCCUGCAACAAUACUGGCACCUGCAUCGAGGACCACCAUGCUCGCAGGGGGUACAGGUGCGAGUGCAGCUCCUCAGAGUAUUCAGGAGAGUACUGUGAGAUCAAGGCUGAUCAACCCUGUCCUGCAACUUGGUGGGGCUCGCCUGUCUGCGGACCCUGCCGCUGCGACGAGUCGAAAGGCUACGACCCAGCCUGCAACAAAACUACUGGCGAAUGUUACUGCAAGGAAAAUCACUAUCAACCCUCUGGCAAGAAGGAAUGCACCCCCUGCGAUUGUUAUGCUACAGGCAGCUUCGGUCCUCGCUGUGAUACAGAAACAGGCCAAUGCAGAUGUCGAAUUGGGGUCAUUGGGAGAUCCUGCACUGCUUGUCCUAAUCCUUAUGCCGAGGUCACCCUAAGAGGCUGCGAGGUGGUGUACGACGGAUGUCCUAGGUCCUAUGCUGAGGGUCUAUGGUGGCCCAGAACCAAGUUCGGCAUGACUGCGAUAGAAGACUGCCCUGGCAGUGCCGAAGGAAAGACAUCCAGAUCCUGCGAUGAUGCGUUAGGAGGCUGGCAGGAACCGGAUCUUUUCAACUGCACCUCUGAAGCCUUCAUCGAGCAGAGACAUCAGUUGACCGCUCUGGAGACCAAGGAUCUCACGUUGAACACCUACGUGGCCGUCAAGGUCGCCAAAGACGUUCAUCGCGCAGUGAAUGUGACCAAAAAUAUGUAUGGGGCAGAUUUGCUGAUCGCUGAGUCUCUGCUGGUUAUGUUGCUGAGGUAUGAAGAGAGUCUGGUGGGACUGAAUUUGACUCACAGCCAGGAUAAAGAUUACGUUGUCCACCUGGUGGGAAUCACCAGCGGCGUCUUGAUGGCAAAGUAUGUGGAAAAGUGGGACAGAAUCGAGGAACUUAAUGGGGACACGGCUGACAACGUUUUGGAAACCAUGGCGAAGUACCUGAAGACCCUGACUGCUUCGCAGCAUGAUACUUUUACUAAUCCGUUUGAGGUCGUUGACUCCAACGUUGUGCUGGGUCUGGAUGUGGUGACCUCGGAGAGCUUGUUCGGCUAUGAGACAGCCGAGUACAAAGAAGAUCCAUCGGCAUCCACUGCUAGGCCAUCGGAAGCCGAUCAGAAAGUUAUCUUGCCAGACACGUCCGCGUUUUUGUCGUCACCCGCACAUUUUGGUCCUUCUAUCUCAUUUCCAAAGUACAAUAAUUACAUGGCGGACCCGAACAGAUUCGAUCCGUAUUCGAAGAUACGAGUACCACUCAGCGUUCUGGGGAUCAAGCCUUUGGCGCAGGGAGAAUUGAAUGUGAAGAACAGUUUGGUUAAUCGGAAGGCUGUGCUCAGUUAUGUGCAAUAUAAACAAUUAGGCGCCCUUUUGCCCCAAAGAUUCGACGACUCAGUGGCUGUAAGAUGGGGUGUCGAAGUAGCUGUUGGCUCGCCGGUUAUAACAGUAUCCGUGUUAGUUCCCACCGACGACGGCUAUGAAUCCGUGACCGGUAUACCUCUGCAGACACCGGUGCAGAUCAGUCUGUGGCUCAGCGAGAAGGACGAUUUUAAGACUAGAACUAAUCCACAGUGCGUGCACUGGAGCACAGCGAGAGGGGCCGGUGAAUGGAGCCGACUGGGCUGUACAACGGAAGUGGAGGACGACUCCCUCUCCUUUGGCACGAUCGUGAACUGCUCCUGCCUGCAAUUAUCCACUUUCGCGAUACUAACCGACGUCCUCGACCUGGAAUACGUUCCUGAGCCAUCCCUGUUGGAGGACGUGACCAGUUACAGUGCAUUCAUGCUCGCGUUGCCUUUGUUACUGUCUGCCUUGCUUAUUCUAUCUCUGAUAAGAGGCGGCGGCACUAAUUCGAACAACAUCCACAAGAAUCUAGUGAUGUGCGUGUUCUUCGCCGAGGUACUGUACCUGAUAGCGCUCAAGGCCAGGAGUCCUCUAGUCUCUAACGAGUUCCCGUGCAAACUCACUGCGAUUGGUCUACACUAUGCCUGGUUGAGCACGUUCUCUUGGACUCUAGUAGACUCCAUUCAUUUGUAUCGUAUGCUCACUGAGAUGAGGGAUGUUAACCAUGGGCAGAUGAGGUUUUAUUACACCAUGGGGUAUGGCGCGCCAGCCAUCAUCGUAGGACUGACGAUUGGUGUUAGAGCUGAUCAGUAUGGAAACUUCUACUUCUGCUGGCUAUCAAUUUACGAGACCGUAAUUUGGUCUCUGAUCGGUCCAGUCUGCCUGGCAGUAUUUGUCAACUUCUGUAUCCUCGUCAUGUCCAUAAGGGCGGCUUUCACCCUGAAGGAACACAUCAUGGGCUUCGGGAACUUGAGGACGUUAUUAUGGCUAUCAGUAGCCUCGCUGCCUUUGCUCGGAUCCACGUGGACCCUGACAGUGCUAAACGCGUCCGAAAAUUCUCCGUCUCUGUCUUACCUGCUUAGUAUAGCUGUCGUGGUUCACGCUGCUUUUAGUUUGAUCGGCUACUGUUUCAUUAACGGCAGAGUGCGACGGAACUUAUACUUGAGCUUUUUGAGGUGCAUCGGGAAGAAAACACCUUUGCUCGAGGGAAGCAUGGGAAAUGGAAGUAGCAGCCAGAAUGUGAACGGUCACUCGCGGUCUGCAAUGGCGUAUUCGUCAACGUACAGUGGAGCCGAGUCGGUGUGCAGGAGGGUUCACGUGGGAGUUUCAACGAGUAGUACAACUUCACGAAGUACAAAUAAGACUGGGUCCAGCCCUUACCGUAGCGACACUCAUUUAAGACACACGUCCACGUCCACAAGUAAUUAUAAUAGCGAUAGGGACCCGUACAUGUCGUCCAGGAGUCAUCGGUCGGCACUGCAUGCCAGACAAGAUCCGCCGGAAACGCGAAAUCAACGUCGAGAUUCAGAGUCAGAUUCGGAUGGAUCGCAAGCGGAAGGUGGCGGAGGGAGGAGCUUGGACCUCGCGAGUUCCCACAGCUCCGACGAAGAGGAUGUAACCUCGAGGUCUCACAGGACGAUGGGGGUCUCGACGCAGCAGCCAGUUGCGCACAGUUACCUGCCCAACAUCCACGCGAACCCCGCGGAACACUUGAACAUACUUUGCUCAAACACGGAGCUCUUCCCGAACAUUAAACCCAUUUACGCGCCUAGAUGGAGUUCCCAGUUGCCGGAGGCAUACUUGUCGUCGAACGUGAUCGAUGUACGCGGCAGUCAAUGGUCGGGAGGCACCAUCUCCGACAACGAAAUGGCGUCGAACAAGACCUCCAGCCCGAACCCACUGCCUUACCCUGAAAUAAACUCGCCCCAGAAGAGCCAACCGGACGAGAAUUACUCAGAAGGCGAGGAGAAGCUCCACCACCUUGGCGAGAAGUAUCUGUUCCCCUACACGGCUGAGGAGGACCAUACUGUUUCGCCGACACCGUACAUGCUGCCUAUAGCUUCCCGUAUCCUUGCGUCCAGCAUGAGCCAUCACUCGCAGAACUCGAACCACGAGAACUUGAGCGGCUCCGAGAGAUACGGCAGCCUGAAGCGCGGUCAGAGCCUGCACGGGUCUCAGCACGACAAUCUCAGUGGGUCGGAGAGAUACGGCAGCUUGAAACGGGGAAAGAUCGCUCCGUCAAUGUUGGAAGAUGCGCCAGAAUAUAUUCUACCCAUGAGCGGUAGAAUAUUGUCCAGCUCGCUGACCCAUGAUCUACAGCACAGCAACGAACUCGCUGCGCUCAGACAGCAGCAGCAACAGCAAUAUGAGCAAACAAUCACUGAGACCGACGAAGAGGAAGGAUACUAAUGCGGAAACGUCCGUGUGACGGGGCUCCGUGCUACAAACACCGUACAAAGUAAUAUAACGUACUAUUAGCGUAAAAUUGAAAUUAGGAUAUAUAUAUAUAAAUAUAUAUAUAAAUAAUUCUUGGAGCCGUUAACACUCUCCAAGAUAUAUUUUAAGAGCGGCCAUGACUGUACUUACGAAAUUAGCCAUAUCGAUUAGGAUGUAUGUGUGAGUGCCUGUUCGUAUCUAUAUACAUACGCUUGUCGAUAUUUCGUUUCGUGUGAUCUUAAGCUCCGAAUUUCGGAGCACCGACUCUUCCGCGAAAACUCGGAAGAUUACUGAUGAUCUCUAGUUCAUUUUCAUUACUCGUUGUAAUUAAUUUCGCUCAUUUACUCUCUCUCUCUCUCUCUCUCUCUCUCUCCUCUCUCCCUCCCUCACAUCCCUUCCUCUCUCUUUCUAGUACCUUAGUCUCUUGACUCAGUAUUGUGCAAUGUAUACAUUCCACUUCCAUUUUACAUUUUAGAUUCUAUUAUCUCCAUUCUUUCCUUCUAUUUUUUUUUAUACGAAGAAAACGACUUUUUUACGAUGUUUUUAUACAUGCCAUGGAAGAAGCGUACAAUCGUGCGGCGCAAUUUUCAUAGUUUUGUAUAUAUUUAUACGAAAAGAAUGUGACAAAAUACAUAAUUUAUAUAUAUCCUUCCAUUCGGUCGCGAUUCCAUACUGUUCCCGGUUGUUCGACGUGUGAGUGGUGGGAGAUGCUGCGGAGAUCAUUUCUCGGUCACCAGGUCGGUCUCGUUGAUAAAAAUUACCUUUAUUCUCAUCGAAAAUAUAAAUAAAUUACAAAAUAUAUAUAGUUAGGUUAAGGUUCGGAAGAUCGUCGUCUUUAACGUAAAAUCAGUGUACUAUUCGCGUGAACGUCGAGACUACUUAACGGGUGUUUCCGGUUUAAUUGACUGGAACCAUCCGCGAAUAUCAAACCACGUUUCCGUCCGAACGUCGCUGGUCUAAGACAGGCAAAAUAGAAGAUCGCUUUGAAGCCGAUGGCAAGCCAGCAGAAUAUUGAGAUUCGUGUAAAGUCGGUGAACUAUGAGUAAUGUACAAUGAAAUAAUUUGAGAACCUCGAAAUUAGCUUCUCUCCGUUAAACACUAUAAAUAGCUCUGGGUAGUCUUAACCAUUUGUAAAAAAACACAGAUCCCUUGCAUGUUCCGAUCUGCUACGUUAAGAAAUUUGGUAGAUCGGCUCCGCAGGAACAGUUGUCUCAGAAUUGCUAUCGAAUCGUUUUAAAAAACAGUUUAUCUUGUGGAAACGUGGCCCUCAGGGUCGUCGUCGGCGUGUCUCAAUACUCAAUACCGAUUCUCUACCAAGGUACAUUUAUACUCAGAUGAGUGUGAUCCAUGUCGAAUUACAUGCUUUCAAGAGA